GCGCCGUGCGAGUCAGUAGAACGACAGCUCGCAACGAGUGCGUAACCAAGCAAAAUCACGCAACACAUCACAGUCUGUAGUGAAAAGCAAACAACAAGGAAGUUCCGUGCAAUUUGACGUAAUAUUUGUGACUUGGUCAUGGCGAUUCCCUUCUACGAGGACGAGCCCGUCGCCGCGACGGCUGCCAGCUUAGAGUCCAGCCACAUUACCGACGGCGAUGGAGAUCAAGUGGAUGGUCCCGCGUUUAGCAGUGAUGUAGGCUACGACCAGGUGGAUUACGAGGCGCCAACUUCAGCAGCAACAGCAACAAGUCACAGUCAAGCGACAUCAACCGAAGAUGGGACGGCGCCUAGCACAGAGGAGCAACUGCUGGCCUGGAAAAUGCUUGCUCUGGCCAUGUGCAAGGUGCUCAAGCAGUUCUAUCUGCAGCAACAGAAGGGAAAAUCUGCCAAGCUGACAGCCACUGUGCAGAUUCAGCCGCAGGCGCAGUAAAAUUCAUCUCCAAUCGACAACAACAACUACAAAUUCAAAGGCCCUCCGACUUGGAGGACUGACGGCUCCUAAGCGCAACUUGUGAUUACUUUUCGUUGGUGAGAACUAGCGUGCCCUGAAAGGAACGAGUUUAGGGGGAGAGAAAAUGAGAGACAGUAUUUUGCAACCGAUGUGAAUACAUUUUCCAAAGGAAAGCCCACCCAAGGAAAUGCAGCAAUUAUUUUUCGAAAUUUUAACAUUUACUUCUGAUCUGAUUUUCAUAAUUUGCCGUGAUUAAAAAACAAAAAUUAAAAAAAAUCAAAAAAAAAAGUUUGGAUAAGCGCAAAUGUGAUAAAUAAUUUUGCUAAAAAUAUUUUAAGUGCAUAUUUUGGUAAAGUUAUUUAAACACUUGAAUUACGAUGUAAAUUCGAAAUGAAUUGAAUUAAGUUAAGAUUAGUUCUUUCAUGAUGGUCGGCCCAGUGCAAGCAGCAGCUAGUUUUCAUACAGAUACGAUUUAAAUUUUAAGUACACACUUUUCUACUAAAUAGUACUAAUAAUUCUAAUUAGUUUAAGUUUAUAAAUCGAAAAAAACAAAAAACAAAAAAACAA